AUGUAUGAAAAACGGACUAAUGAUAACAGUUUACAUUUUUGGUAUGGAUUGUUAGUACUUGGUAUGUUUGUUGGUUCAUCCAUCUGCAAUCAAUGGAUUAGUGCACUCACUUGUCGACCAAUUGAAAUGUUGUAUGAUAAAAGAUUUACAUCAAUUCUUGGCGUGCAAAUGAUUAGUUUUAUAGCAUGCGUCCAUGUUGCUUAUGGUUUAGGAUGUAUCUUUACACCACUUUUUGAUCAACGUAGAAUUACUGUAUGCACAUUAGAUGGUAAUACUCCAUUAUUUCCUUCAGUCGGUAGUACACUUUGA